CAGAGCUGUUGGUUCACUUCCGGGGGAUGUUUACGGCGAAAGGGCAGGUCCUCAAGCUCCUUUUCGGGGACCACCGCCACCUCUCCGGACGUACCACCAUCGCAUUUCUGGUCCUGCUGAUUUUACACCGGUUAUCGGCCUUUACAGAGCCGAUGGUGCCUCGUCACUGCGCGGAGAGGACGACGUCCCGCCGGUGCUAACGAGCUAACUUCCGUUGAGCUCCGGUGUAGCUACGAAGAGCUGGCAGGUCUUCGUCCCAUCCUGCCACGCGUCCUGCUCAGGGGCUUCACACGCUCAGUCCUCAUCGCUCUGUCCGUCUGCACGACGACUGCAUCGGAACAGCUCGGCGCCAUUCACCAGAGGCCACAAUCGACCAAAGCCAAUGCUAAUAAGCACAGCACAACGAUCUUAGAGCCGCGUGUUCUGGAGAGUCGCUGCGCAGCCCUCCAGUAUCGAGCAGUCAAGUGUUCAGCAGGAGGUGAAGCGUCAGUUUCAGCAAUGCCUGGGUCAACGCCGGCCAGCAGCAAGGCUCGGGUGUACACCGAUGUCAACACACAGAAGAAUAGAGAAUACUGGGACUAUGAUGCACAUGUGCCAAACUGGAGCAAUCAAGACAACUACCAGCUGGUGCGUAAGCUUGGUCGAGGGAAGUACAGUGAAGUGUUCGAGGCCAUAAAUGUGACCAACAGUGAGAAGGUGGUGGUGAAGAUCCUCAAGCCUGUCAAAAAGAAGAAGAUCAAAAGGGAAAUCAAAAUCCUUGAAAACCUGCGUGGAGGGACCAACAUCAUCCGCCUGGUCGACACCGUCAAAGACCCUGUGUCCAGAACACCAGCGCUUGUCUUUGAGUGCAUCAAUAACACAGAUUUUAAGGAACUUUACCAGAAGCUGACAGACUUUGAUAUCCGUUACUACAUGUAUGAGCUGCUCAAGGCUCUGGACUACUGUCACAGUAUGGGCAUCAUGCACAGAGACGUGAAGCCCCACAACGUCAUGAUCGACCACCAGCUCAGAAAGCUGCGUCUCAUCGACUGGGGUUUGGCAGAGUUUUACCAUCCCGCUCAGGAAUACAACGUCAGGGUGGCCUCGCGUUACUUCAAAGGCCCAGAGCUGCUAGUGGACUAUCAGAUGUACGAUUACAGUUUGGACAUGUGGAGUCUAGGCUGCAUGUUGGCCAGUAUGAUCUUCCUGAAGGAACCGUUCUUUCAUGGUCAGGACAACUACGAUCAGCUGGUCCGCAUCGCUAAGGUUCUCGGCACUGAGGAGCUUUUUGGUUACUUGCACAAGUAUCACAUAGAACUGGACACUCGCUUCAAAGACCUGCUGGGACAGCAAACGCGGAAGCGUUGGGAGCAGUUCAUCCAGUCGGAGAACCAGCACCUGGUGAGUCCAGAGGCUCUGGACCUGCUGGACAAGCUGCUGCGCUACGACCACCAGCAGAGGCUGACGGCCACCGAGGCCAUGCAGCACCCGUACUUCUAUCCUGUGGUGAAGGAACAAGCAAACGCCAACACAGACAGCACAAAGGCAAUAAGCAGCUCCAAUGCAACAUGAUGAUCACAGAGCAGAGAUAGUACCUGCUCUGUUGAGGUUCCAAGCGAUACCCAAACCGAGAUGAGUCGAGCUAGAACUGUAUCAUGGAGAAGCAGCAUCAUGCGGUAGAAUGAGUUAUUAAUCUUUUUUUUUUUUCCCCCCCUCCCUCCCCGUUUCCGUUCAUUCAGGAAAAAUCAUUGUUACCUCAACUUGUGACCUUUUCGUGGCAGAAAACUUCAUCAGCAGCCAAACUGGAGCGAGACGUUAACACCACAGCAGAAUCUCACACACUCACACUCACACACACACACACACACACACACACAGGCGGGAAUCUGCGCUACUUUGGUCCGAGUCACAAAUAAGUCAGAUCCCAGCGUCCCCCUCCACCUGUUAAUGAGCAAAGCGACUGUUGGCUCCGUGUCAGGCUGCUGAUGUUACUGUAAAGACAUUUGUCGGUCGCCAUGGCGACUCAGCUCCAGUUCCAGGUUUUAGCACUGAGUGGCGCGGAGGCUCUUUUCUGCUCUGAUAGAACAAAAGCUAUAUUGAAAGAGAAUAAACAUUUUUAUUUAAAA